AUGGUUGAUAUUGAUAUUGCACCAGCACUCCAAAUAGUGGAUGGUCUAGGGCUGCAUUUUUCGAACAAAAACACGACCACCAUUUCUUCCUUCCUUGCCACUACUAACAUCCCCCUCUUCUCGCACCCUUCAACUUCUACUCGUGCUUCCAAAGUCUCUCACUUUUCCUCAUUGCAUCCAUCCCUUUUCUCUAAAUCUUCUUCAUGUCCUUAUCCUCUAUGUAAGUUUCCAAGAAAACCCAAAAGAAUAGUUUCUUCAAAAUCAUCAGAAGUAGAGGAGAUAUCAUCAACAGGAGAUGAGUGGCUACAAACACUCCCUGACAAGAAAAAGCCUUUGUACUCUCAUAAUUUGCCUUGCAUUGAAGCUUGGUUGAAGGGUUUAGGGUUUUACCAAAGCAAGAAGAGCCAUGCUGUUUGGUUUGUUGAGAAACCUGAUUGGCAUGCUCAGUUAUCACUUGAUGUCACUGAUCUUUAUAUAAGGUACUUGAAGAAUAGACCAGGGAAUCUUGAAAAGGAUGUGGAGAAGAGAUUCAGUUACGCAUUGAGCAGAGAAGAUAUAGAAAACGCUACUCUUGGAGGACCAUAAAGAAAAUGAAAGUGAUCAUUUCAUCUUUUGAAUGGUGUCAUUGUUUAUUCAUGGGAAUAUCUCAUAGGACUUGCAUGGUGUUCAUUCUAUAUCCUCAUUCUGAGCAUACGCUCUCUUUUU